AUGGGUGGCAAAGUUUGGUCUAGGGAGGAAGAGGAGUACUUCUGGCUCCGGCUCAUUCCUCACUCACCCAAGCGCCUUGGUGAUGACAUGUUCUUCAACGAAGAGAAGGAUUGGGGCUGGGUCGGCGAGAUGAUGACCCAGUACAUGGGUAACAGGGCCCGCCGCAAGUACACUCAACUGUGUGUCUUCGAGCAUUACUUCCUGAACGCCUCUCUCUCGCGUUUCUCGCCCAACGUCGGCAAUCUCUGCGCUCGCUACUGGAGAUACGAACAGCAUCAGCUUCGGCUGAGAGCGCGGGCUCUUAGAAUUCAGCAGGAGGCGGCCCAGUCCGACUCCGAGGCCAACGCCUCUGGCGAGUCCUCGACCAGCCAAGCCGAGUCUCCCAUCGAGGUCAACUCGGUUGUUGACCAGGACACGCCCAUCGUCAUCAACUAUGAGGGCCUGUUUGUGACCCAGCAGCACAAGUUCCGGAUGGACAUGGCUGUUCCUCUUUGGGGCUACGGCUAUCGCCACUGUUGA